AUGUCCAAUGCCAGCGAAAAAGCCCCUUCUAGUCACUUUCUUGAAAACAAGACCAUAGUCAUUGCGGGAGCAGGCCUUGCUGGGUCUGCUUUCCUUGUCGGCCUUCAGAAACUAUGGAAUGCAAAACUCGGCCAGCCAAACAUUAUCAUAUAUGAACGCGAUGCACAAGAUGUAGCUGCCCAGAGGGAAUCGUACAAUCUAUCUUUGACAGGAUACGACGACUCAGGCGGCCUCGUUGCGCUCAGAAAUCUUGGUUUACUCGACGAAAUCUUGGAAAAAGCUGUGUCUGGACUCGAUGGAGCUGGCUCUUUCAAGAUAUGGGAUGCAAGGUGGAAAGAACAGGUCUCUUUCACCAGAAACCCCGUCUCUGGGAUUCCAACAACAAGCAUUCGAAUUGCUCGAGAGGAUAUCCGUCAAGUGCUCCACAACUCAUUCCGUCUUGAUGAUCAUUGUGUUAUCAACUGGGACUCACAAUGUGUUGCUGCCACCCAACUGCCGAGCGGUCGCCUAAAAGUGCGGGUGGUUCACGGGAAUGGCGACGAGAGCGAGCCCGAGUGUGAUCUCCUUAUAGCUGCGGAUGGGGCGAGCAGCAAACUACGACAAAGCCUUCGACCAAAUGACACACUUCUCUCUAACGGCGCAGUCCUUCGAGGAGGAAUAGCUACAUUCAAAGAGUCUCUUCCGCAGCCACUCAGUGAAGAUUGGGGCUUCGUCGUCUCACGCACUGGUGUUUCGGCGUUCUUUUCCCCCAUUGGUGAAAACAGAAUCUUUUGGACUAUUGGACAGAAUGAAACUCAGGUGCCCAGACUAGAUCGAGGAUCACUAGUCCAAGCGCAGGCUGUCAUAGGCAAGAGUCUGGAGCUUGGAUCACACAUCCCUGAGCCUUUCUCGAGCAUCGUUAAACGGACGGACCCCAAGACCGUUUUGCUUUUGAACUCACGAGACAAGAUGCCGUUUUGUCAUAACGACAUUACGAAAAUACCUGCCAUCUUUCUUGGUGAUAGCAACCAUGCGCUCAGCCCGUUUGCAGGAGCUGGAGGCAAUUUGGCGCUGGUGGAUGGGUGGGAUCUAGCAAACCAGAUCUGCAGCCAGAGCAGCCUAGAGGAAGCAGUCAAGGCAUACGAUGAGCUCAGUGUGCCCAGAGCAACAAUGUUCAUCAAGAGAUCGAGACGACUGAUAGAGGCCGCUCAUGACACCGGCUUGCGAUACUAUCUGUUUUGGUGCAUGUUGUUUGUGGGCAAGUUUGUGAGAUGGGUCAUGUAUAAGAUGGGGAACUGA